AUGUACGCAAUGGAUGUUCACCACCAAGACACACAAGUGAACAUGAAUGAUUUUGAGCUACACAACUUCAUUGCCGAUCCCAACUUUGAUCAUCAGUUUAUCAAUUUGAUUCGAGGGGGCAAUGAAAGUUCCAUUUCUAACUUCAAUUCUGACCUUAUCAAUGAUUGCUUCGUUGAUAAUCAAUAUCCCCUUUCAUGUCCUGGAAACCCUUUUGAUCAAAACAGUAGUAAUGCUGUGAGUGCCUAUGAUCCCAGCUCUACAUUUAACUCCUUCUCAUGUUUUGAUGAUGAUGUUAAGGGAGAAGGAGAAGAAGAAGAUGAAGAAGAAAAUGAUGAAGAGGAUUCUUCUGCAACCACUACCACCACCACCACUACCACCACCACGGCAACUGGAACCGGUGGUGAUGCCAAAACAAGGCUAAAAUCUGAUAGGGCCAAGACUCUCAUUUCUGAGAGGAGGAGGAGAGGCCGAAUGAAGGAGAAGCUUUAUGCUUUGCGUUCUUUGGUUCCCAACAUAACUAAGAUGGAUAAGGCCUCUAUAAUUGGAGAUGCAGUAUCAUACGUACAUGAGCUUCAAGCACAAGCUAAGAAGCUGAAGGCUGAGGUUGCAGGACUUGAAGCAUCCUUGUUAGUGUCCGAAAAUUAUCAAGAACCAACUAACAACCCCGUAAAGGUUCAAGUCACCCACAACAGGGCUCCAAUCAGCAAGAAGAUCAUGCAGAUGGACAUGUUUCAAGUAGAGGAAAGAGGGUAUUAUGCCAAAAUAGUGUGCAAUAAAGGAGAAGGGGUAGCUGCCUCUCUAUACGGUGCUCUUGAGUCUCUUGCAGGUUUCAAUGUUCAGAAUUCAAACUUGGUUACAGUUUGUGACAGUUUUCUACUUACGUUUACUUUGAAUGUAAAAGGGUCUGAAUCAGAAAUUAACCUGCCAAAUUUGAAGCUAUGGGUGACUGGGGCUCUUCUGAACCAAGGCUUUGAAUUCAUGGCAUCCUUUCAUGUUUGACUCACCGC